GGAAUUGCGGCCCCGCCCCCGCUGCCCUUUGGCCUCCUGGAGAAAUUCCCGAUUUUCCGCCGGCGCCGCUCCCUGCUCAGCCCAUGGCGGAGAAGCGGAUGGAUCACGGCGUCCAGAUCCGAUUUAUCGACGAGCUGGGGGAGCCGCCGCGGCCGCCGCGGGCCAGGACGGGCUCGUACGGGGUGGCCGUGCGCGUGCAGGGCAUCGGGGGCCAGCCCUUCGUCCUCCUCCGCAGCGGCCGCCGCGACAGCUUCGGGGUGCAGAUCCCGACGGGAAUACCCCAAAAUCCCGGAUGGAGAGAGGCGGGGGAGAGCGGGAACGAGGGGGUGGAGAGGGAGAGGAAAAUCCCCGAGUUUUUGGAUGAGGAGAAUUGGGAUGGGACGAGGAAAAUCCUGAAGUUUUCGGAUGGUGAAAAUCAGCCGGGAUCGCGGAAAAUCUCGGAAUUUUUGGGUCGUGAAAAUCCGCCGGAAUCACGGAAAAUCCCGGAAUUUUUGGAUCGUGAAAAUCCGCCUGGAUCCCGAAAAAUCCACGAGGUUUUGGAUCGUGAAAAUCCGCCAGAAUCGCGGAAAAUCCCGGAAUUUUUGGAUGAGGAAAAUUCGGAUGGGACGAGGAAAAUCCUGAAGUUUUCGGAUCGUGAAAAUCCGCCGGGAUCCCGGAAAAUCCCGGAAUUUUUGGAUCAGGAAAUUCCAGAUGGGACGAGGAAAAUCCCAAGAUUUUCGGGUCAAGAAAGUCCGGAUGGGACGAGGAAAAUCCCGAAAUUUUCGGAUCAGGAAAUUCCCGAGGGGACGAGAAAAAUCCCGAAAUUUUCAGAUCAGGAAAUUCCCGAGGGGUUCCGGAGCAUCCCCAAACCCAGGGCCGAGGAAAUUUCCGGGGGAUCUCGGGGGGUCCCCAAACCCUGGGAUGAGGAAAUUCCUGGGGGAUCCCGCGGGGUCCCCAAACCCUGGGAUGAGGAAAUUCCUGGGGGAUCUCGGGGGAUCCCCGAAUUCCCGGAAAAACCCCGGGAUACCCCAAAAUCCUGGGAUCGACGCCUGGAAAUCCCUGAAUCCUCGGAGGAGCUUCGGCGAUCGCGAUCCCACGGUGACCUCAGCGCGCCUUGCCCGAAAAACGGGAAAAAGCCGGGAAAAGAGGAGGGGGAGCUGAUUCCCGGGAUUCCCGGAAUUCCUGGAAUUCCUGGAGACGUGGACACGGAGCCGCUGGGAUCCGUGGAUUCCCUGAUCACCAAAUUUGACGGGAAUUUUUCCCGCGGGAGAACGGCCCGGAGGCUCCGCGGGGCUCCCGGGAAGCGAUCGCGGAGUUUGGACGCGCGGAAUUCCCGGGAAUCCGGAGGGAUCCGGCCCCAGAUCCCCCAAAUUCCCCAAAUUCCCGGAGGGUUUGGGGAGGCUGAGGAGGAGAGAGUGGGAAUGGAGCUGAAAUCCACCCCGGAUCUGCUGCGGGACCAGCGGGAAUUGGGGGGCGGUGAAAACCCCAGCGAGUUCAUCUUGAGCAUCCUAAAGGAGGG